GGCAUCACUAUUUGUGAACAGUAACUUUAAACUAAUGUUUAAAUAAAUAAAUAUAAAAUAGGCUAUUUAUUCGAUGUUUCUCUUAUAUUAAAAUAUUGCACAGAAAAAUAUGUUAGCUUAAGUAAAUGAUAUGAAGAUAAUAUUGUAAUAAAUUUGAUCUGUGGAGGCAAAUUAAGUGAUGCUAAAAAAAGCUUUUCCGCUUUGAAAGAACUAUUGAAACCACAUAUAUUGGUUUCAUAUAUAUUGGGCCCAUAUUUUUUUCAUGUAAAUUAAAAUGCAUGUUUAAUUUUGUAUAUAGCUUCUUUUUUUUCUUUUUCAAAUGUAAACUGAGUUUAACUGUAAAAUCCCAGAUUAUGAAAGAUUUUGAAGCAGAAAUCUCUCUCCACUAUUCUAUUUUUAUUCCCCUGUGUAUUCGUGCAGUGACACAAACUAACCCCAAUACAGAUUUUGUUGUUUUUAUAGGCAGACAAAAUGACCACAACAUUUAUAUAUCUCUCUCUCAUGGUGUUCAGCUUUUUGUACUGAGAAAGGUUUCAAAUGUUCUCUGGCCUGAGAAAUUGACAGACACACUAGAGGGCAUUCCCACGAUAUAAAGCCUCCAGUGCCAGUACGCAGGGGGAUGACACACAUCUUAUUUUUACUUGAAUCUUUUGACCUCUUGUUCCUGACCUGGCUGAUUCUUGUGCUAUGAUUUUUAAUUAAUGUGCAUACAUUAAUAUUCUUCUUUCUAUUCUGAAAGUUGAACACUGAAAGUUGGCAAACAUUAUAAAAUACAAGUUUAUUUUAGAACCUUACAUCCAUGUCAUUGUUCACUAUGAACAAGUCCUUGUUUAUGCUUACAUGCACUUUUGAAAAGAGCCCUUAUGCAUGUAAACAGAAACAUAUGCUAUAGUAUCACUCGAAGCACUGACAGACGAACAUGUGUUUUUCAGUCCUCAUGGACAUGAGAAAUCCCAAAGACAUCUGUAGACCAGUGUUUACUCAUAUGCUUGUUUAGCUAUGAACAAAUGUCAGAGGAACACCAGAGCUUGAGAUACAGAGCAGUAUUAAUGUGAGACCCUUGAUUUACAGUCACUCUGGGGAGAUCACUGUCGUGGAUGGCUGGAUUCAGAGCAAAACCAUAUGGCCACAGUUUGCCACUGGAUAUGUUUCCCAUCCACGAUACAGGUAGUUCCUGAUGCAAGGUCCAUUUUUGAUUUGUUUUUGACUCAUUUUGUUCAAACUCUGUGUUGAAGUGGGAAUUAUUCUUUUGGAAUGAAUGAGGUAAUGAAGCACUUCGAGAGAUUUCCUGGCUCACUGCUCUUUUUGAUGGCCCUGGUUCCUCUCAGUCUGGGCGAUAGAUUCACCUUGUUGAUCUCCAUGCCCAACACCUCCAUUCCUUUCAGUAUUGGUCGGAUUGGGGCUGGAGCUCUUAUCGCUAUCAGUUCUAUAAACAGCAGUCCGGACCUUCUGCAAGGUCAUCAUCUGGAUUACCAUUAUGUGGAUGAUGAAUGCAAUGAUCUACGUGGCCCUGGGAAAAUUGCGGCGCUUUACCAUAGACACAAAUACAGUGCUUUCAUCGGACCUUCUUGCUCAAAUGUCUGCGCAGUGACUGCUAAACUAGCAGCUUAUUGGAACAUUGCUGUCAUCAGCCCCGUAUGUGCAGAUCAACAGUUUCUAGACAAAAAGGCAUAUCCGACCUUAACAAGAGUGUUUGGACCUUUUACUAAACUAGGGGCUUUCUUUGUGGAAAUCUGUAAGCAGUUUGGCUGGCAGCGUAUUGGCAUUAUCUAUGACAAUAAACAGUCCUGGGUUAUUCCCGUCGAGGGGAUCAGGUAUCAAGCAGAGCACAAUAACAUCACAGUGGCCAAGUAUCAAGAAAUCCAUGGCUCUCUUUCUCAAGGAUCCUUGUCGACCUGGUCCUGGGUCUUAACUGAGGUGGCUCAAGUCUCUCGCAUUAUUGUGAUAUCAGCGCAUGGCAAGGUUGUUCGCAGUUUGCUAAUUGAAGCUCACAAGAAAGGCCUCACCAACGGAGAUUUUGUUUUCUUUUGUUUCGAGCCAUACAAGCAAAAGAUGUUAUUUGGCAGUUUUGACUGGAAACAAGGUGAUGGAUAUGACUCAGUGGCCAAGCAAGCUUAUCAGGCUCUGUUUUUCCUGUCUCUGUAUAAACCCAGUGAUAAACGCUAUCAGGCCUUCUCAGAGAAUGUCAUCAAAAGAUCCAAAAUAGACUUUGGCUAUACAUAUGCUCAUAAUGAAAAGGUGUCAUUCCUAGCAGCCAUAGCCCAUGAUAGUGUCUGGCUGUAUGCCCGGACAUUAAACGAAACUUUGGCAGAAAAAGAAAACCCAUAUGAUGGCUUAGCCAUCACUAGACGGAUGUGGAACAGAACCAUUACAGGUAUUCAAGGAGAUGUAACUAUUGAUGCAAGUGGAGACCGUGAGUUAAAUUACAUGAUGAAACAAUUCCAAGGUAGUAAUAACCAGUGUCAGAUCAUUGCAAACUAUUUUGGGACUUAUAAGGCAGUACAAGGGGUUCAAAUCAAGUGGCCUGGAGGACGGACAACUCCUCCCAAAGACUCUCCAGACUGUGGCUUUCAUGGAGAACUCUGCAUCAAUCUAGAGAGAAAAUUCUUGAUUGCUUUGGGGAUUAUUGCUGGCUUGGUGGCUGCAGGGACCCUUGCAAUCUGUGCUUCAUACAGGAAGUUCAAACUCCAGGAGGAAGCUUCCAAGAUGCUGUGGACAGUCAAUGCUGAUGAUGUUGUAAUGAUGGAGCAUCACUUCUCAACCGUGCCAGCAAAGUCCCACAGAUCCAAACCCAUUCAGGCUUCUUUAGAGUCUAUAAUUUGCAGCAUGCAAGACAAGCCAUCGGCACACAGAACCGCAGUCUACAAAGGGACAAUCUGCUCUGUUUGCUUUCUGAAUUUAAGAAGCACUCAUCUGAGCAGCGAGCUGCUGGCGGAACUCAAACAUUGCAGAGAUUCGACCCACUAUAACCUUUGUAAAUUUAUUGGAGCGGUCCUGGAGACCCCUCAGCCCUUCAUUCUUACAGAGUACUGCCCUAAAGGAAGCCUGCAGGACAUUUUGAAGAAUGAGUCUAUUAAGCUGGACUGGACUUUCAAGUAUUCCCUCAUGCUAGACAUUGUAAAGGGCAUGGACUAUUUGCACCACAGUCCCUUGCACUGUCACGGUUGCCUCUCGUCAUCGAGCUGUGUCGUGGACAGCCGCUUUGUCCUGAAGGUCACUGAUUUUGGACUUAACGCAGUCAGGCGUUCAGACUCAGAGCAGAGCCCUGGAUUUGACCCCUGGAUGGCUCUGCUGUGGAGAGCACCAGAGCUGCUGAGGGAGUCCAUUUCAGCUAAUGGUACUCAAAAAGGUGACAUCUACAGUUUUGCCAUUAUCGCUCAAGAGGUAGUAUAUCGUAGAGGGCCUUUCUACAUCCCUAACUGUCACUUCAGUGCUAGAGAGAUUGUGGAGAGGGUCAGAGUGAGAGGCUGUAGCCCACUGAGGCCUCACAUAGACCCAUCGGAGGGUGUAGAGGAACUGGAGGGAAUCAUAGUCAGCUGCUGGAGAGAGAAACCUGCAGAGAGACCAGACUUCUCUUCUCUCAGGACUGCCAUCAAGAAUCUCUGUCCUAAUGGGGGGUCUGAGAAGAUUCUGGAUAACCUGCUGUCCCGUAUGGAGCAGUAUGCGUCUAAUCUGGAGGAGAUAGUCAGUGAACGUACCACUGAACUCCAGGAACAGAAGAAGCGAGCAGAGGGACUGCUCACGCAGAUGUUGCCACGAUGUGUAGCUGCUCAGCUCAUUGCGGGAAAGACAGUGAGAGCAGAGACCUACGACUGCGUCACCAUCUAUUUCAGUGACAUUGAAGGCUUCACAGCCAUGUCAGCAUCCCUCACGCCAAUGCAGGUAGUGAACGUGCUGAAUGACCUGUACACAUACUUUGACAAUAUCAUUGACAACCACAAUGUUUAUAAGGUAGAAACCAUUGGCGAUGCCUACAUGGUAGUGUCGGGCCUGCCUACAAGGAAUGGAGACGACCAUGCAAAAGAAAUAGCAAGAAUGUCAUUAGCUGUAGUGCAGGGCAUGAGGAGCUUCUCCAGUCCACACGUACCGGAGCAGCAGCUGAGGGUCCGCAUUGGAGUUCAUUCAGGGCCUUGUGUCGCAGGGGUUGUGGGUCUGAAAAUGCCACGCUACUGUUUAUUUGGAGACACUGUGAACACUGCCUCCAGGAUGGAGACAUAUGGAUUAUCACUGAAGAUCCAUGUGAGCAGUUCCACCAAGUCUCUCCUUGACACUUUCAGGACUUUCCGCUGUGAACUGCGAGGUGACAUCCACAUAAAGGGAAAGGGCUGGGUGAGGACAUACUGGCUUUUGGGAGAGGACUACUAAACCAGAUCCCUUUUUAACAUGAAAAAAAGAUUUUUUUAAAGAGCAUGGAAGUCGCCGCUCGUCAUCCCGCCCUAGCCUGCUGAAAUUUUGCGUGGGAGUUCGACGGGAUUGCUGCGAGUCCGCUGGCCGCUCAUCAGUCAAGUGCACUGGCCGCUCCAAAGUCAAGUUCGUGGGCCGUCGCUCGCUCAAGCCCACCAGCUGCAGCUAACCCAAGCCCGCCGGAUGCUCAUCAGUCAAGUUCGCCGGCUGUUCAUCUGUCCAGCCCGCUGGUCGCUCGUCAGUCAAGUUCGCCGGCCGCUACGAAGUCAAGCCCACCGAACUGCGGCUCACUUCAGCUCCAAAGUUCGCUCCACUGUCCUGACCAAGAGUCCAGUGCAGGCUCCAGCCCCUGACCAGAGUCAAGUCAUUUCCCCUGAAGCCAUAUUUUAAAGUCUUGUCGUGUCCAUAGGAACAGUUUUAAUCUUGUCUUGUCCAUGGAGGCUCAUCUGGGGCAGGCAUCUUCUCUAGUCAUUGCUGCGGAGGCCAUCCCCAAGCCACCUGCUUCUCCUGUUGCUGAUAUGGAAGCGGUUCCUGAGUAAACCCUGAGAGGGCCCCUGACUCCAAGUCCAGCCCAAGGAUGUUGUACUCUCGUCAUGCCCAGAGUGGGCCUCAGCUUCCGAGCUUAGCCCAGAAAGGGCGCCUGUUCCUGUGGAUAGCCCCGAGAGGGCUCCUGUUCCUGAGUUUAGCCUAUGGAGGGCUUUUGUUCCUGAGUUUUGCCCGCAGACGGCUCAUGUUCCUGAGUUUAGCCCUAAUUUCUCCCCAAGUUAAUUUUUGGGGUGGGGCUAAGAGGAUCUGGUCAUAGAGGCCGGGGCGAAGGUUGAGGCCAUAGCCAUGAAGACCGCCUGCCAUGGCCUCCAGAGCUGCCUGCCCUGCCAUGGCUCCGGAGUCGCCUGAUCCGUCCUGGAGGCCUCCCCCGUGUCUGUCCUGAGGAGCCUCCAGAGUGCCUGCCCCCUCCCCGUUGGAUGUUAGGAGGUGCAGGGACGCGCCUUUUGGGAGGGGGGAGUACUGUCAGACCUGUGUCCUGUCUUGUGCUCCCCUUGACUUAGUUUUCCCUCAUGUAUGCCCAUAUUUGGUCCUUCCUGUUUCCUGUUCUUGUUUAGUUCUCAUUAUGUUCCUUUUGAUUCAGUUGUGUUUAUUUAAUUAUCUAGUG